AUGUACCGCUCCAAGGUAUCGACACACCCUCUGGUCUUCCUAAAUGGGCCCAAAAUGCUUUUCACGAAUGGCCCACAUUCGUGUGAAGCAGACGAACAACAGAGGCUGGACGCUGUCAUCUCCUUGCUCUUCCCCUCCACGGUCCGUGUGCAAAGCUCGCAGAACAUUCUCGGUCAUGUCCAUUCCCUUCGUCUCUUAACUCUUUCAAAUGGGGUACGCCUGCUGUUGAAGGGGUCUCCCUUCCCCGGCACUCCUCUUUUGCGACAGGAGCGAUACCUUCUCGAGACUGAAGCUCGUUUCUUGGCUCUUCUUGGACAAAGUGCCAACCCGUGCAUUCCACAAUUGUAUCAUUACCACCCACAAGGAAGGCUACUUGGGUCCUCCUACUUAAUACGACACUAUGUGAGGGGUACAGCUCUCGCGGAGAUGGAAAGCCAACUCACAAGUCGCCAAAGAAAUGACAUUGACCGCCAUCUGGGCUUUCUGUCCAGUACUAUUGGGCAAAACGUCGCACCUGCAUUUGGCACAUUACAACAGGUCGCCGCCGGAUCUGGAAGACGCUCCUGGCGCGAAUCUUUUUGUGUUCUUUUCGAGAGCGUCCUGCGUGAUGCAGAGGACAUGUUUAUCCAUCUCCCAUACGCCGAAAUUCGUCACGAACUGGGUCGUCUGGCGUCGGCACUCGAUGAAGUCACUUUGCCGCGUCUGGUGGUUGCAGGCUUCGGUCGGCCGUCGCAUGUUUUGCUGGAUGAGACAUCGAAACAACUCUCCGGUGUGGUCGAUUUUAGCAGCGCUUUCUGGGGAGACAUGCUGAUGGCGGAGCUCUUUGAAAAUGCAAGCAUUGCUGUCUUGGAAGGGGCAGGGAUGCCUUUGACUAGGACAAAGAAGGAAGAUGUCCGAUUAUUAAUGUACGCGUGCUAUCGAUUGGUUUCCCAGAUCACUACACAAUACUAUCGGGCACGAGACGAGACCGAGGAAUUUGACGCCCGGCGUCGACUGAUGAGUACGAUCUCACACAUGGCCGCUUUUGAAAUGGUUUCAAGCGCUUGA